AACUUUAUGAAAAAUUCAGGAAAUCCCGAAAACUAUUUAUUUUGAUGUGACAGUGUUUGUAAACAAAACAGUUUUGAGGUUACCCAGUUUAACAACAAUUGUAUUGAAUAAAAAUGAGAAGUUUUGUAAAAAUUAAAGAACAGACAGAUGCUAGUUUACAUCUUGUUAAAGAACCUGGUCUAUAUGGUUAUGCACUCCUUACAGCCUUUACAGCCAUUGGGUAUGGAGCAGCAUCUUACAGUCAAGAUUCGUACUUCUGGCAGACAGUUUACCUGACCUUUGGUGUAUUUAUGGGAUUAGCCUGUAUGGAAGACUAUGAGGAAUGUGUAUUUAACAAAACAGAUAAAGAUAUUAGACUAACAAAACAGACUGUAUGGGAUAGAAUACUUAGUAUGAUUAGUAACAAGCCUGCCAGUGUUGUUGUGUUCAAUAUAGAAGAUGUGACCGGUGUACAUGUGAAAGAGGAAACUGUGACCUACUUUGGUAAAGGUUAUCAGGUUGUGCUAUUCAUGAACUCAGGAAUUGAUGUAGGUGUUACAGAUUCUUUCAUCUUUGGUAAAGAAAGCUCAGAACACACUAAACUUGCUGAGAAAAUAAAAGAAUUCCUGAAUUUAUAUCAACCCCUAGAAAACUUAUCAGAUGAUAGUAGCUCAGAUACAGGAGAGGAUGGAUUUGAACAUAUCACAGAUCAAGUUAUAGAGGAAGAAUUAAAAGAGGACCACCAAUAAACAGGGGAUCAGAUAUUAUCUUAGUGGUUAUCAUCAACCUGGUACAAAAUUAAGAUUUUACAUUUUUUUCCAAAUUCUUACAAUGAUAUUUGCAUUUUUGUGUGUCAGGUAGUAAAAUUCAGUAAGUAUGAAUACAAGUGCAUUUUCUUCUGAUAUAGAAAUAACUGUUGUAUAAAAAGUUUAAAUAUAUUUUAUUUUUUUUAAUCAGCCAAAAUGUUUUUUAACUAAAUUUUUAUUUUUUUAUCAUUUUGUAAAUGUUUUAUGAUUGUUAUAAAAUCUGUGUAGCACAGGAUUCAAUUGCACAUAUAAAUUACUUGUAUUGUUUCUUUCCAAAGUGUUAUACCAACAAUUAAUAUAAACUUGUAGUGUGAUUUAAAGAAAUCAGUGAAUGAAACAAAUGUAACUUUGACUAUAAUUUAGAUUGUUUCAAUGUAGGGUAUAUGGACAUUAUUGAGGUCACAUAAAAACUUUUAUGACACAUUAUUUGUGUACCUAUAAGUAUUUUAUUACUAUGAUUCCACACAAUGUUCCGCAGUCAUUUUCAAAUAAGAUUUGAUAUUUUCAACAAACUAUUUUUGUUUUGAUAAACAUGAUAAAGUAACAAUAAAGAAGUCUUGUUACAAAUUUUUAAAAGUUUUCACACCUUUGAAAUUUUAUUUCAUCUUUUGAACAAAAGUUGAAUGAAAGACAAACUUUUGAAUUAAGUUGUCACAAAAUCUUGUAAAAUUCCUCUCAAGUAUAUAAUAUUUCAUAAAAAUUUAGAAUAUUUUGAAUGGGUCAAUAUGAUUGUUUUUGUUAUGUGAUCGAUUCUUUUUCAUCAUUUAUUUAUGGUAGCUGGUUUUUGACAGACAUGUUUCUUAAGGCAUAGAGAGUUUAUAUAACUUCUAACUAAUCAUCUAGUCUGAAAUUGUAAGCAUUUAUUUCAUUGAUUAUGGAAAUCAUAUUUUCAACUCACCCUACCCCCGCUUCAAUAUAUUUUAACUGUACAAAAAUAUAAUUAUUUGAAGUUUUUUUACUGAGACAGUAUUUCAUGUGUGAAUAAUUGUACUGAUGUUCAGGUGAAAAACUUUGUGUAAUACUGACCAAAAAAAUCAUUUAAAGAGUAAUAGUUUUACUACAAUCACUACUGUUCCAAAAUCAAUUACUAUGUAGUUAAUUGAAUGAAGCAUAACAGUGUUGUAUUGUAAACUCGGUGAUUGGGUAAAUUUUUAUCAUAGAACUUAUCAUGAUCUGUUAAAAUUUCUGUAUAAUUAGUUAGUGCUUGUUUAGUGGAACCAGUCACACACGUAGCAUUUGUAUUGAUAUUACUUUUUGUACAUAAUCACUUUUUGAAAUUAUGACAUCUGUGCAAUCCUUUAUGUUUAAAUAUAGUAGCAUUAAAGUUCUGUAAACCAACUUAAUUUCACAAAUAAUUUAUUCACUCUUACUUGUUGAUACAGUGGCAAUUUAUUUUUUGUAUUCUUAAAAUUUAUGUAAAUAGAAAGUUUGUGAAAGUUAAGUUUUAAGUUGGUUUACAUUGUAUUUAGUAUUAAUCUGUGGUUCUUAGUAGAAUCUCCUUAAUCUGUUUAAAUAUAUUGUUAACACUACUUUUAUUUCCUUGUUUGAAUAAAUACUUUAAUCAAUACUGUAAUAUGUUUCAAAUAUAAUCACUACUUCUACAGAAUCCCGAAUAAAUCAGUUGUUAUGAUUCGCAGCUCUACCCUGACAACAUUAAUGUCAGAAGGCCUUAGUCAAUGAAAAAUCGUCAAUUGUCAUUCCCAAUUAGUUCAGGAUAUACCUAUCUCCAUAACAUUAAGUUAUCAGCUGAUUGGUUCUCUCAUACAGAGAAUGCCAAUCAAAUUUAUGGAUUUGUGACACAUUUCAAUGGUAUCAUAUAAAGUUCAGGCCUGGGCAAGUGGGAGAGUUGAUCACAGGAGGAACUGAAAUAUUUGGGUUACUUCUACAGUAUCAAACAACUGGUAUUAGUCAAUUUGUACAUUAACAACAAACAAAAUUAAAAUGCGCAGCCUUCAACCAAAAUGUCCCAUUUCAAAUUUUUAAGAUCUUUGACCACAUUUAUUUUGUGUCAGAAACCUAUAUUAUGUCAAAAAUUUGAUCACAAUCCAAAUUCAGACAGUUGAAGGACGCCUCCGGGUGCGGGAAUUUCUCGCUGCAUUGAAUACCUGUUGGUGACCUUCUGCUGUUGUCUGUUCUAUGGUCGGGUUGUUGUCUCUUUGACAAAUUCCCCAUUUCCAUUCUCAAUUUUAGUAUCAAGUUGGAUAUUGUGUCCAAACUUGCCCCAACUGUUCAGGGUUCGACUUCUGCGGUCGUAUCUGGCUGCCCUCAGCGAAGCAUUUUAUUCAAUCAAGAUACCCUAUUGAAAAUUGUGGCUAAAUUAAUUCUAUUUGGGCCAGUAGAUUAAGUGAAGAAGAUUUUUGUAAAAGAUUACAAAAAUUUAUGAAAAAAAUUGUUAAAAAUUGACUAUAAAGAUUCAGGGGCAGCAACCCAACAAUGGGUUGCCUAAUUUGUCUGAAAAUUUCAGGGCAGAUAGAUCUAAACCUAUUGAACAUUUUUACCCAUGUCAGAUUUGCUCUAUUUAAUGCUUUGUUUCACAGAUAUAAGCCAAAAACUGCAUUUUACCCCUAUGUUCUAUUUUUAGCCAUGUUGGCCAUGUUGGUUGGCAGGAGGGGUCAUCGGACACAUUUUCCAAACUAGAUACCUAAAUGAUGAUUGUGGCUAAGUUUGGUUAAAUUUGUCUCAGUUGUUUCAGAGGAGAAGAUUUUUGUAAAAGAUUACAGAAAUUGUAAAAAAAUUGUAAAAAAUUGACUAUAAAGGGCAAUAACUCCUUAAGGGGUCAAUUGACAAUUUUGGUCAUUUUGACUUAUUUGUAGAUCUUACUUUACUGAACAUUAUUGCUGUUUACAGUUUAUAUCUAUUAUAAUAUUCAAGAUAACCAAAAACUGCAGAAUUACCUUAGAAUUACCUUAAAAUGACCAAUUCAGGGGCAGCAACCCAACAACGGGUUGUCUGACUCUUCUGAAAAUUUGACGGCAGUUGGAUGUUAACCUGAUUUGACUCCAUAUCAGAUUUGCUCUAAAUGCUUUAGUUUCAGAGAUAUAAGCCAAAAACUGCAUUUUCCCCCAUGUUCUAUUUUAAGCCAUGUCAGCCAUGUUGAUUGGCAGACGGGGUCAUCGGACACAUUUUUUAAACUAGAUACCCUAAUGAUGAUUGUGGCCAAGUUUGGUUAAAUUUGGCCCAGUAGUUUCAGAGGAGAAGAUUUUUGUAAAAGUUAAUGGAGGACAACUGACAAUGGACGAUGGACGCCAAGUGAUGAGAAAAGCUCACUUGGCCCAUUGGGCCAGGUGAGCUAAAAAUGAUAACUGAUGUGUGAACAUAAAUUUCUUGUUCAAUAUGAUAUAUAUUUAAAUAUAUUAUCAUUACAUGUUUCAUAGUUGUUUUCCUUCUGAUAAGUUCACAUAUGAAAUGAAUGUAAUUUCAGUGUAAGGCCAAUUAAAAUUAAUUGAUAGAUUUUCAUCCCCACCCACCCCUAUUUUUUUUAUAUUAAAAAAAAAUUACAAUUUCCAGUAACCGCACCGAAAAUUUGUUUCAUUAUUUAGAAUUUCCUGUUGCAAAAUUUGGUUUUUGUAUUUCUUCGAGUAGUUUAACCAAAAUAGUUAAGUCGAUAUAUUCUGUUCCUCUAUGAUAACUACAUUAUCUUCGUAGAAGAGUGAUUGAUUACAGGGAGGACCUGACAUGUUCGGGUUAUGAGUAAUUGUCAAAGAAUGCGAAUUGCAGUAUGUCAUAAAUUUCAGUGAUAAGAAACUAUGGAUUUUUUAUUUAUACAAUGACUUUGUGUCAGAAAAUUUGAUAUUCAAAGCGCAAGAAUUGUAACACGCUUUGGUAUUAAAAAAACAGGACUGGAAAAAAGAAAUUGACCCAAUUAUGAACUUUUCCAAAUUAAUUUACACUGUUUUAAGGAUUGUAUAUUGAAUUCAAAAAGUCGGCCAAUGUAUAGCAAGUUUUACCCCAAACUGUCCUUUUUUUGUUGACAAACAUUAUAUACCAUCUGUUCCCAGCUACUGGAUAAUUUAAUUAAACAACUUCUUCUUUUGGUUAAGUUCAUGUGCUACGUUAAUACAGUUAUAAACCAUCAACCCUAGUAUUUUAAACACAGUUUGAGUUUUCAUUUUACUCUGUACUCAUAAAACUUAUGCUUCAUUUUAUGGCAACUAUAGUAUAAAUCAUAAGUUGGACAGUUAAAGAAAUUUGAUAGUGGUCUAAAAGAGAGCAUUUCUCCACAUUUUUGCUAUUUACUGAAAAUUGGUUUCUAAAGCAAUUAGAACUGUUACAGUGGUUGCCAAUCAGAAAUAUUUAUUGUAGAAUCUGAAAAAGUAUGCAUAAUUCUUUAUAUAUACAUGAAUUAAGCUUAUUAUUACACUUGCAUAUGAAGAACACAUUACGAAAGGGUUUCAGUAAAAAUAAAAAAAUUGAAUCCUCCCACCCCAUUUUUUUUUCAACAAGUUGGAUGAAAAUCUACCAAAUAAUUUGAGUUGACCUAAUAGAAAGUAACACUAUAUAUACAUUUGAUGUUAUAUCCUAUGAUAGAUGUACUAUAUCUGGCUUGUCUAUGUCCAGAGAUUUUUUAUACUGUUUAUUACAUUAUUUGAUAUUGUUGUAGUAUUGGUUACUGAUAUUAAUUGUUGACCGAUUAACACAGGUCAAAUCCUGUGGGAAUAUUUGUUAUAACUGCCAAGAAUGAUGAUUUGAGUUUUAAAUUUGGUAAAAGGAGAAGCAUAAUUUAUUCAAUUACAUUUUUUUGUUUUAAUCAUAAAAUAUUAUCACAGGGUGACUGGAUUAAAUUACAUACAUGUACAUGUAUCAUGUUAUUUUCACAUUACAAUGGGUAUCUUUGUUAUAGAUAUAAAACAUUUAUGUAAAUCAUAAGGUGGUUCUCCCUUACUUACAUUGUUACCUAUAUACAAAUGUGUUCUGAAAGUCAUAUCUGUGUCAGAUUAGUCCAAAAUUUAAAGUAUGACCAUAUUUUUGAAGUAAUCUCAACGGUAAUACAAAAUAUAUCUAGUAGUUGUUUAUUAAACUACUGUGCAAUCAUUAUUAUCUCUUUGAUACCAAUUUUCAGUAAUUUCAUGGUUACAGUUGAACCACAAAUUUAAAUAUUCAACAAAAUGCAACUAUCCUUCAACUUGUAUGUGGAAAUUGUUUAUGUAAUUUUAUGUAACAUGUCCAUAAACCUUUAGAUCAGCUCUAGAUCUAGAGCCUAUCAGUAAACAAAAUGUACUUUAUAUUAAUCUGCUUCAAACAUUAUCUUCUGUAAUCUUCUGUAAUAGUUUAAAACCCUGUCUUUCAUUGAAUUUUAGUUGCAAUAAAUUACAGUAUUAUGAA